AUGGCGGCGCCGUGGGUGAUCCUACGCCGCUGCCUCGGUCUCGUCCCCAAGGAAGCAGAGGCGGAGCGCCCCGUCCCCAUCUCCGUCGCGCUCAGGGAGCCGCCGCGCGUCACCGUCCUCGACGUGUCCCCAAGCGUCCGCCGCGACGACCCCAGGCCCAUCCGCUCCGACAAGCUCCCCUACCUCGUCGCCACCGGCCCCGGCGUGCUCCUCGUCUGCUUCUCCUUCGACGAGGUCCCCAUCGUCACCGACGACCUCAUUCUGGUGCGGAACUUCGUCUCGCCGGCGGACCCAUUGCGCCAACCGACCACGGGCUCCCCCGACCUCGUACCCCGGCGCACCGGGCCCUCCAUGCCCGUCUCGUACAACGUCAGGAGCGUCGGCCUCACCUCCGCGCUGUUCGGCGGCUACCUGAUCGCCGAGCUCCUGGUCACCAGGAGCAGCGACCGCGCCAAGCUCCUCCGCCUCUUCUCGCUCGACGACCGGUGGUUCCCCAAGGGCAGCCUCUUCUCGAGGGACGACCAGUGGAAUUGGACCGAGACGGACCUGCCCUGCCCCUUGCCCACCAGGGACGGCACGAAGCGGGAGUGGUGUCCCUCCGGCGUGGUCGACCACGACAAGAAGCUCUGGUGGUUCGACCUUUCGUGGGGGCUCAUCAGCUGCGACCCCAACGCCGUUGAGCCCGUCCUGCGCCUGCGCUUCCACUACCUCCCGCCGGGCCGCUUUCUCGCUGAGGCCAAGCCGUUCAUCCACACGAUCCGCUGCGUCAGCGUGAGCAACCACAUGCUGCGGUACGUAGACAUCGCCCGUGACCUCGAUCUAGACGGCCGCGUCGCCGAGAGGAAGGUGUCCGUGUGGACGGCGAUCCCCGACCCCGACUGCGGCGACGGCGACCACGGCAUUCGGUGGCUCAAAACGUACGAGAUGGGGUUCAAGGAGAUCUGGAACGACGCCAGCUACCGGGAGACCCAGCUGCCGGCGAAGAUCCCUGAAAUCGUGCUCGUGCACCCCAAGCACCCCAAUGUGGUCUACUUCUUCCUACGGAGGAGCCUCUUCGGCGUCGACGUGCCUGCGCAUCGGGUCGUGUGGUUCGUCAUGGACGCCCACAAGCUCGUGGCGCCGGGCUGCAGGCGCUGCGUCCUCCCUUGGGACCUGCCAGCCUCGAUUGCCAACGGUGUUAGCAAUUUAGCUGCUGUGUUCAUACUUUAUAGUUGA